UUGGGUUUUCGUGGCGUUACGAACUUGCGCGUUUCAAUCUCGUCUUUAGGAGCCUUUAGAAACACAAAGUGGUGUUCUGAAUUUUAAAGUAGUUACGGUCAACAAAUCACAUUAAAUUCCGGUAUUAUAUCUGUAUCUUCCGAGUCUUGCCCUCUAAUAUUGAUAAAUUUGUUCGACGUGCUUGCACUCAAUCAAUGAAAUAAUUCAUUAUUAUAUCAGUGUUCAUAUCUCUGCUGCCAAAUGGAUGGAAGUACCGCUAAGAUGAAAGAAAGGCCUUCAUACUAUGGUGGGGAUAAAGUCGAUGCUGACGACGAAGAAUCGCGUAAACUUUAUAUAAAUGAUUGUCGACAAAAGCAAGCAGCAUUAUAUCCUGCAUUUUUAUUUAAAUCACAGUCAGUGCAAUUACUUCUGUCACCUCCAGAUGACAGUGAACUACUUGUAAUCACUGGUCAAAGUAAACUUCAUUUGUAUUUACAACAAAAUCUAAAUGAACUUUCACUUCAAACAUGUCAUAAUCACAAUCAAUUAAGUCAGUCAAAUCCUACUGAAAUUGAUUUAGGUGUAUGUAAAUUAACUAAUCUUUGUAUUCCGCCAUUUCCUCAAACUAUAUCAUCUGAAGUUUCAAUAUUCCGUUCGCAUGGACUACCUUUACUUGUAUGGCCUAAAUCAACUGAUAAAAUAUUCAUACAAAAGUAUUUAAAUGAUAACUAUCCAGAUUGUGGUCAUUGGUUUAGUGAAUUAAAUAAAGUAGCUGGUUGGUUAGAACAGAAAUGGAGACCAUUAACACAGAAUUUGGGUUUGGAGAAGAAUGAUGAAAUCAAUAAUUAUACUAAUAAUGAUAAUAAUAUUGAGCUGGAUAAGAAUGCGCGUAUUCGUGGCGUACCAUCGAAUUGUGUUGCUAUAAUUUAUUUGAAAAAACGUUCAACACAAUAUGAAAAAUAUUUCAGUUUGCUAAAGACAUACUUUACUCAUCGUCUACAAUUCACAUCAGCUUUUCAUCAUAAUCCUAUACAUAGAGAACUUGUAGAACAUUAUGAAGAAAGACAUAAAUGUUUAACUGAAGAUGCUGGAUAUUUUAAUGUGAUUGGAAAUCGUCUCAUUCAACUGAUCAAUCAAUCUUUAUCAUCUGGUCGAUCGUAUACAUUGAAUCCAAUCACUUUCACUUCGUGUAUCAAUGAUUCAAGUAUAAGAGAACAAUGCUUACAUGCUUUAUUGCCUAGUAAUGAAGUGAAGAAUAUUAAAAAUCAGAAAAAGAAAACCACUAAUGAAUUAUUGCAUAGACUGAAUAAUCGUUCCAGUAAUGAUAACCAUUCUGUUGACAGUCAAUUGGAUGAUGAAGAAGAAGAAAUGGACAGUGAAUUCGAAUUUGACAGUGAUUGUGAUAAGUCUGUAGCACUAGAUGAAAAGCAUACCAUCGAUUCGAAAAUAGUUAAUCAAUCUAGUUGUGAUCUACCAAAUCGUCCAAUAAGCAAAGAGAUAAUGAAAAAUAAAGGUAUAGUUAAAUAUCGACAUAAACGUGAACGUAAUCCUAGAGUUCAUUUACGGCAUAAAUUUCGUAAAGCAACAAUACGUUAUAAAUCACGUGUUGCACCAAUUCGUAAAGAACUUAAACCAUAUGCUGGUGAAAUUAAAGGAAUACGUGUAAAUUUAAUUAAAUCACAUAAAUUUAGAAAAUAUUAAUCCUUUUUUUUCAAUGUACUUAAUGCCUUCUUAAUGAAA